CAUUUUCCUCCUGUUUGUGAGGGAGGAGCGUUUUCGGUUCCAUCGCCAUCAGAGCUGAGGGCGGAGAUCUCAUCCACCGGCAGCUGAAUCCCGCAUCAUAAAAGCUUCAACUCUGCCAUCAAAGCUUACUUUCUCUCCUCGAUCUCUUCGCCUACCGUAACCCUCUUUUUUGCUUCUUCUCCGAUCUCGCUUCCUCACCACCUCUUGCUCUCUUCCACCGAUCUCGGACCUGUUUGGCAAUGGCUUCGUACAUCUCCGUCCCGUGCCCUAAAUUCCCACCCGUACUUCGCAACAGCUCGUCUCGCGGGGUUGCGCUGGCGCCCCAGGGCAGGGUUUCGCUGCAGGGGCAUAAGGAGAGAAAGUUUUAUACUUUGAUGGCCAAGGCUCAUGAGGCCACUGUGGAGGGUUCUUCAAAUUCUUUGCCUCUACCAACAGCCAAGUCAGAAACUCAAUCACCUGAGGCCAAAGAUAACACGGCAGAAGAUGAGUCCAAUAUGCCUGAUUCUGCGAUAUCAGCAUUCAUGUCGGAGGUUUCAAAUCUCAUCAAGCUUGUGGAUUCCAGAGAUAUCACAGAACUUAAGCUGAAACAGAAGGAUUGUGAGAUUAUAAUAAGAAAAAAAGAGGCCUUACAACCGCUAGCACCUGCUGCUCCUGUUGUCAUGAUGCAGCCUCCACAAGGCACUUUUUCAACACAACCACAUGUCUCCCAUGCCACUCCAGUUCCAUCAAUUCCUCCCCCUGCAGCUCCAGUUCCUGCUCUUCCUCCUGCAAAAGGCAGCAAGUCCUCACUUCCUCCACUAAAAUGUCCCAUGGCUGGGACAUUUUACCGUAGCCCAGGACCCGGGGAAGCAGCAUUUGUCAAGGUCGGAGAUAAGGUUAAGAAGGGGCAGGUUGUCUGCAUUAUUGAGGCUAUGAAAUUAAUGAAUGAGAUCGAGGCCGACCAAUCUGGUACAAUAAUAGAGAUACUUGCAGAGGAUGGAAAGCAAGUCAGUGUUGACACGCCAUUGCUUAUUAUCGGGCCCUGAAGGACAGGAAAUACAUGGAACCAGCAGCUCAGAACUAAAAUUUCCAGAUAAGUUUAUAAUGGCUCUUCCCAUGGUGAAAACUCAAUUGUUUCAGAAGUCCGGUCUUUCUACAAUCAUACAGUGGAUGAAACUCUCAUGUUGAAAAAUCAAAAUUUAGUGAACAUUUGUAGCUUUCUUUGAUCUGGUUCUAUAUGUUCUACAUGUUUUUUACUGUCUGCUACGUCUCUUUCUUUCCAGUUAUGGUUUGCAACAAAUUUUGUUAUAUGAGUAUUGAUAUUAGAGUGCUGCGACUUGUGAAGACUUUAUUAACGGAUUUGCUUUGUAUUCGAAGACAUUAACACUGUUAUUAUUUAAUAUUUUGUUCAUGGGAAAAACUAUGUUUUCUC